AUGUUGCCAAUGCUGCUGCUGCUGCUCCCCGCUCUGGGGUCCGCACUGCGCCCCCAGCAGCCUCCCGAGGUGCGCGCGAAGCUCUGUGGCCACCACCUGGUGCGCGCGCUGGUGCGGGUGUGUGGCAGCCCGCGCUGGUCCCCCGAUGCCACGCAGCCCAUGGACACCAGCGACCGGGAGCUGCUGCAGUGGCUGGAGCAGCGGCAGCUCCUGCAUGCGCUUGUGGCUGACACGGACCCCGCGCUGGACCCGGAGCUUCCUCAGCAGGCUCCUCAGCGCCAGCGCCGCAGCCAGGCCACCAAUGCUGUGCUCCGCUGCUGUCUCACUGGCUGCACCCAGCAAGAACUGCACAGCCUGUGUCCCCACUGAAGCGGCAAGGGGCUCAGGCGGUGCGUCCUUGAUUGCUGCCCACCUCCUCCUGGCCUGUGCAAAUGCAACACCCUGGUUUGCCUUGGAGGAUCCCCAGUUAUUCGUAGAUGCCAGAAAUGGAGCUUAUGCCCCUCC